AUUAAGGUAGGGAAACUGAAAAAUUAUAACCCAUGACAGCGACAACUAUAAAUUGAAAAACUCUCUGAAGUGUUUCAAUCUUUCUUCCCUUUUAACACUGAGAAUAUAUCUCAACAAAAACAGAGGAAAAGUAAAUAAUUUUUUUUAAAAGAAAACCCAAAGCCAUGUCUAAUAGGUAUACUCACGGCAAUAGACAAGACGGCGACAACAGAAAUAAUUUCCAAAAAUCCCAGAAGAAAUUCAUCCCCAAAAAUCAAAAUCAAAAUUCAAAUUCAAAUCCAAAUCGAAAUCGAAAUCGAAAUCGAAAUCCAAACCCAAACCCUAAUCCCACCUCCCUCUCUAAUUCCAUCAGGCAACCCCUUCCCAAACAGCACGAUGCUCCGCCUUCCAGCAGCCGUCUUCGCAUGGGAGAGAAUGGGGAUUGGGUGCCAAACAGAGCAACUCCAUCCAGUCUCUCUAACGGGAAUUUCGUAAAUUACUUGCCACAAGAUGAAGCCGUGGCGGCGGGCCUCAGCGCGGAGGAAGGAGGAUUGGAUCCAGUGGAAUCACAGAGAGUUGUUGACCUCUUAAAUAGAGAGUUGGCUUGCUUGCUUAAGCUCAGUCCCAGGGAAUUCUGGAAGCAAGUGGCUGGCGACACUUCUUUGCAUGAAUUUUUGGACAGCUUCUUGCAAUUUAGAAGCAGGUGGUACGAUUUUCCUCAUCGCGGUGUGAAAGGGAUCGUAGCAGGGAUUAUUGUUGGAGAGUCUGAACUAAGCCGCCGUGUCUUCAUGAUGUUGUAUCGAAUAUCUUCAAAUCGGGACCCUGGUGCUAGAGCCGUCGAUAGCCUUAGUGUCAACGACCAUGCAGUCAUCUUGCAGGAGAAGAAAUUGCUUGACUUGCCCAAGUUGUUGGACAUAUGCGCUAUUUAUGGUCAUGAAAAUGAUGAUCUGACUAAAUUGCUGAUUUCAAAUGCUCUGAAAGCUCAGCCUACAAUCCAUGAUAAUCUGACUGGGGUAUUGUCUCAUUUCUUGAGUAUUGUUCACACAAUGCAUGAACGCUGCAGCACAUCUUUGGAGGUCCUUCUCUCUUCUGGAAAUCAUGGGGAUCAUGGAUUUUAUCGGCUUCAUACUGACUUUUUGGAGGUGAUGGACUUUAUUAAUGAUGCCAUUGUAUCCAUGGAUGCUUUUAUUACCGCGUACAGACCUGCAGCUGUUUUUUUCUCUUGCCCUGUUGAAAUGAGUUAUGGAAAUGAAGAAUUGAUCACAGCUCUUUCACGUCUGCAUGACAAUUUACUUCCAUCUUUGCAGCGAGGUUUUCAAAUCAGUACUAAAUCAGGAGAAUUCACAAUGCUAACAGAUAUUGCUAUAAGUUUGAAGAUGUUAUCUUUGAGAAUAGUCGAACUUGGUUGGAAACUAUUAGAUAUUUGCUAUCUUAGUGAUGAAGUGUUUUUGGAUGGACAUCCCAUUCCAACUGCAUCAAAGAUGUUUCCAGCCACAGUGGAAGAUCCAUUUAUAAGAGCAGAUAUUUUAGUUCAAAGUCUUAGGGAGAUAAAUGGAGUUUCAUUGCAAAGUCUGGAGAACGAGAAACAAGAUACUUUCCUUAAGAGUGUUGAAAAGAAUUGCAAUAUAAUGAGCAAACUUGAGAAUUUGCAGAAUACUGGGUGGAUAUUCAUGGAUGAUGAACAGUUUCAGUAUCUAUCUGGGAUUAUGACGUUUUCAACAAAGGGCAUUGCUAAAGAGCAAACCCCUAAACCCCCCAUGUCAGCCCUGGCGACAAGCAGCAAGGUACAGAUGGAUGAAGAUGCAGCAAUUAUGCAAUCAAAAAUCAGCCAAGUUAAAGAUCUCUUUCCUGAUUAUGGCAAAGGGUUUAUAGCUGCAUGCCUUGAAGUUUAUAACCAGAAUCCAGAAGAGGUUAUUCAGAGGAUUCUUGAGGGAACACUUCAUGAAGAUCUGCUGGCCUUGGACACUUCCCUGGAGACAAUGCCAGUGCCCAAGUCUGCUUCAACCCUGAGCAGGAAUGAUAAAGGGAAAGGGAAAAUGGUUGAUGCUGAUAAAGGGAAAGGGAAACUGGUUGACACCAUAGCGGUAUCCUCAACCACAACUGUACCGGUAGUUAACAGACAACCAGUUGAAGGUCCAUCUGUUUCAUCCUCAUCUACAGUUGGGAGGUUUAUUAGGAAGUCUAAAGAUGACUCGCCCGAUUCUGCUACUCUUGAUAGCAGAGAUGAAAACGAUUCAUUAAGAAAAGUUGCUUUGAUUUCUCAGUACGAGUAUGAAGAUGAGUAUGAUGACUCUUUCGACGACCUAGGUCUAAGUGUUGCAGAGUCAGGGGUGGAGGAAACUGAAAUAUUAAGUGACAAACUCAGCUCGAACUUUGGAAAGAGUCAACCUGAAAGUUCUGGUCAAACUAUGCCUAGUUCAAAGUGGGGCUCAAGAAAGAAACCCCAAUACUAUGUCAAGGAUGGUAAGAAUUAUAGUUAUAAGGUUGCAGGUUCAGUUGCAGUUGCAAAUGCCAAUGAAGCCUCAUUAGUAACCCAAGCUCAGGAGGAAUUAAUACAUGGCCUCGGACGCGGUGGCAACCUUCCCCUUGGUGCAGUUAAGAAGCUGGUGGAGCAUGAGGAGCAAACCAACCAGCCUGAUGUUUCUGAAACAGGAGGGAGGGAACAUACAAGGAACCCUAGGGGCAGAGGAAGAAGGGGAGGAGGAAGACAAAGAGAGUCGCAGGCGGAGCAAGAAAACCUGCCCGACAACACUGAAGCUGAAGAGAGAGGGAAUGUAGGAAAUCAUAGGGGCAGGGGAAGAAGGGGUAGUGGCAGGCAUAAUAAUUACAGGAAGGAUAGGGCCAUGAAUAAGCAUUUCUCUGGAUUGACUGGUUUUUAGACACACAUGAGACAGAGAUACGCAUUCCUAUUCAAAGGGACCCUUAUUUCAUACACAACUUUCCUUGAAAUCUAUUUCAAGAAUUGUAAGUACUUCUCUUUUGAGUUGCAUUUUACGCAGGCAGUUGAGAAUUCAAAAUCUACAUGUAAGUUCACCCCUUCACUUUGGAUAAAUUUUUUGUUUACUUAUCGAAUUCCAUCUUUUCAUGGAGGUUGAUUCAGAUUUCAGAGUAUAGUUGCCCCGCAUGAUGAUUUGUGUACUUAUGUAGUGUUAGUAUAUUUUUGUCAUUUAAAAUAUUUUAAUAUUUUAAUAUUUAUAUAAAUUUGAACAUAUUGAUUAUUUGUUUUUAUAUAAA